UUUUAUUUUGAAAUUCGUUUUAUUUUCAAAACCAGUUUUGGGAAGUGACAGGAAGUCAGCCAUGUUUGUUUAGUUCUUAGCAGAUCACAUGUGGGGAAAUUUGAUCCAGCGACAUCUGCCUUUUGUUUGUGCCAUCGACACCACCGUCUUUUUACUCCAUGAGGAAAUACUAAUUAAAAGGAGUUGGACGCUACAUCCUGACUUCGCGCGUGAUUUCAAGUGGAGUUAGGCUACUGCUGAAUUGUGUAGCAUAUACACACAAGGAGAGCAGGAUAGUAAAAAGACGGUCAGCAGCUGGCAAAACAACUCUACGACAGCAAGCUAUGUCAACAAACAUGGACGAAGCACACUCCGAAGGUGCAAGACCUAAGGAACCAAAGCCUCCUCAAGACGGAGCAUCAGUUAAAAGCACUAGUUCAGUUUCCAGAUAUUCAAGUAGAUCAAAUGUCAGUGUAGCAGCAGCGCAUGCGAGAGCCAAGGCAGAAGCUGCUCGCGCACGUGUUGCCUUCGCACAGAGAGAGAUCAGCAUUAAAGUUGACAAAGCAAGAUUAGAAGCUAAUCUCGAAGCCUUAAAUCUGGAAAAGGAAGCUGCAGCUGCAAAUGCACAAGCAGAAGUUUUGGAAGCAGCAGCAGAGAUAGAGGUUGAAGCACAUCCAAGUUGGAAAAGUCUCCCAGUUAUGGUGCAGAGUACACAUGAACGUGUAAGUGACUAUAUCAGAGACCAAACUAUGCAGCUUAACCAAUGCGAUGAACCAGUCAAUUUCUCAAUAUCAGAGCAUCCCAUCGAGAAGAGCUCUCCACCAUCAGCUAAGUACAUCAUUAAAGAUGAGUAUAUUGUGAAAGACACAUGGCCCACACUUUUCCAGCCACAACCAAGUUCCAAGGUAACGCAUGCAUACCAAACCGCUCACACCUCUAUCCCAUCAGCUCAGCCAGAUAUAAACGCUCACCUCCAAGUUAACAGUGACAACUCCUGCAAGAACAAAAGAGCAAUACGCCCUACACUAAACCAGAGCUAAUUUUUCCUCAGUACUCCAACACUUCUCAUACACACCCUCCAGAGUCUUCAGUGAUGAUGGACAUGGCGAAGUACCUGGCACGAAAAGAGCUUGUGAGCACUGGCUUAACCCACUUUGAUGAUCAUCCAGAGUCAUACAGGGCAUGGAAAUCUGCCUUCUCCAAUACCAUUAAGGGUUUGGACCUUACUGCAAGUGAACAGCUGGAUUUACUUUCAGAAUGGCUUGGGAAGGAAUCUUCUGCAUAUGUCAAGCGCCUAAGAGCAGUUCAUAUUGACAACCCAAAUACUGUACUCAAAAUGGUCUGGGACAGGCUCGAUGAAUGCUACGGUACUCCAGAAGUCAUUGAAAGUGCUCUCUUUAGGAAGUUGGACAGCUUUCCUAAAAUAACAAACAAGGACAAUUACAGGUUAAGGGAUCUUGGAGAUCUAUUGAUGGAACUACUUUCAGCAAAAGAGGAUGGCUACUUGCCCGGCUUAGCAUACCUGGAUACCGCCCGUGGCAUCAAACCAAUCGUGGAAAAACUGCCAUAUAAUCUGCAAGAAAAAUGGAUCACUCAAGGGUCAAAAUACAAAGAGGACUACAAGGUUGGUUAUCCCCCCUUUUCCUUUUUCACGUCCUUCAUCUGCUAUCAAGCUAAAACAAGAAACGAUCCCAGCUUUGCUCUUUCUGGAAGCAGUCCUGUCACAGAAAAGCCUAUCUCACGCCACACAAAUUUAAGAACCCCAGUCUCAGUGCAUACAACCAAAGUCGUUUCUGAGGCCCCACAAAGCGAUCCAGAUCCUAGAGAGGAUAUAUCCAAGCAUUGCCCCAUCCAUAAAAAACCCCACCCCUUAAAGAAAUGCCGUGGGUUCAGGCUAAAGACUAUUGAAGAACGCAAAAUGUACUUGAAAGAUCAAGGCAUCUGUUUCAAAUGCUGUGCAUCCACAUCUCAUCUCGCACGAGACUGCAAAGUUGUCCUGAAAUGUGAUGAGUGCAACAGUGACAAGCACAUCACAGCUCUUCAUCCUGGUCCACCACAACUGUCCACCAAGGCCUCAAGUCCCCCAACAGGUGACGGCGGGGAGCCGGAAAAGGAGGACACUAUCCCAGAACCAGUUGCAAGCCCUCUGUGCACUGAAGUUUGUGGCGAUUGCGCUAAGUCAAAAUCUUGUUCCAAGAUAUGUCUUGUUAAGGUUUACCCUAAAGAGUGCCCACAACAAGCCAUCAAAAUGUAUGCUAUGCUCGAUGACCAGAGCAACAAGUCUCUAGCCAGGUCAGAGUUCUUCAACUUAUUCGGAAUCAAAGUUGGCUCAUACCCCUACACCCUGAAAACUUGUGCUGGCUUAGCCGCAACCUCCGGCAGGAGAGCAAAUGGCUAUCAAAUCGAAGCAGUAAAUGGUGAAGUUAGCCUUGCGCUACCAACACUGAUCGAAUGUGACGACUUACCAGAUAAUCGUGAUGAAAUACCGACACCUGAAGCUGCCCUCCAGCACCCGCACCUCAAGAGCCUUGCUAGCAAAAUCCCGCCUCUUGAUAAUGAUGCCAAGAUCCUUCUUUUGCUUGGGAGAGACAUUCUCCAGCUUCACAAGGUGAGGCAGCAGAUCAACGGUCCUGGUGAUGCACCCUUUGCUCAAAGGCUUGACCUCGGAUGGGUCUUAGUAGGUGAUGUGUGUUUGGGAAAGGUUCAUAAGCCCAUUGUCAACUGUUAUAAAACGAACAUACUGGAAGACAGAAGACCAUCAUUGUUCAGACCUUGUACGAGCCACAUCCAUCUCAAGCAAACGGUCAACUCCAGUCAAGUCAAGGGACUCUCACACAGUUGCCGUAGCACUACAUUGGAUGACGACUCACUCGGCAACACAGUCUUUGCAAGAACAGCGGAUGAUGACAAGCGUGCCUUCUCCAUAGAGGACGAACAGUUUCUGCAGAUAAUGGGUGAUGAGGUUUUCCAGGACGAGUCGAAUAGUUGGGUGGCUCCUCUUCCCUUCAGGCCCCCCAGACCACCUUUGCCCAACAAUCGUGAGCAAGCUAUGACCCGCCUCUUCUCAUUACUGCGCACACUAGAGCGUAAACCACGGAUGAAGGACCAGUUCAUUGCCUUCAUGCACAAGAUCUUCUACAACAGGGGUGCCCAAUCCUAG